CGCCAGGCGCGCCUGCGCCGCCACCGGCCCCGCCCAGGGCCCCGGCGAAGCCGGGGGCGACGGGGCCGAGCGGAGGCAGCAAGUCCAGCGAAGCCCAGGAGGCACUGCUGGUGGCCCAGGACGACUUCAACUGCGAGUCGGGGCCGUGGCCCGAGAACAAGAAGACCUGGUGCUGCGACCACAAGCAGAAGGGCUGCGAGGUGCGGCCGCUGCAGAUCCCCGGGCCGCCCGCCGAUCCCCCGCCGCCGCUGGGCGAGGACGACGGCGCGCCUUUGCCCCCGCCAGCGGACGGCGAGGCGCCCCCAGCUCAGGCGGACGACGAGGCGCCCCCGCCGCCAGCGGACGGCGAGGCGCCCCCACCGCCAGCAGACGACGAGGCGCCCCCACCGCCAGCGGACGGCGAGGCGCCCCCGCCGUCAGCGGACGGCGAGGCGCCCACACCGCCAGCUGACGGCGAGGCGCCCCCACCGCCAGCAGACGGCGAGGCGCCGCCACCGCCGGCAGACGACGAGGCGCCGCCGCCGGUAGAGGGCGACAAGGCGCCGCCACCGCCUGCAGACGACGGCGAGGCGCCCCCACCGCCAGCAGACGGCGAGGCGCCGCCACCGCCGGCAGACGGCGAGGCGCCGCCGCUGGUAGAGGGCGACAAGGCGCCGCCACCGCCGGCAGACGGCGAGGCGCCGCCGCCGGUUGAGGGCGACGAGACCUUUUGAGGAGCCAUGUGUGCGCAUGCGUGUUUUCGUACACGUCUGUCUGUAAUGCGGGCGCCGUGGCGCGUACAGCCGAAAUGUGCUGCAUGCGUGUUCUGAAUUCGGGACGGAGUAGUGUGGCGGGGAGCGCACGCGCUUUCUCGACCACGGCGGCACAGCCGGGCCGCUCCUGUCUAUGUUACGUGGCCCCUCCUUGCCCUGCAAAGCGGAAUGCCAACCACGCGCCGGCAACAAAUUUGGCCAGGCCCGUCCUCUUCGUCUCAUCCUCAUUCCCUCCCUCUUCCCCCUGACCUGGCUCGUCAUGCAGGAUGACGGUGAAGAACUGCCUGGGGGCGGGCAAUCACGCAGCAGCGUCGUGGGCGAUGUGGGCGUGCUUGUGGGUG